AUGAAGAUUUUCGGAUUUUUUGCCACUGUUGCCCAGGCCAACAUCAGGGACAAACUUGAUCAGCGACAUGAGAAUUUUCUCACGAAAGUGAGAGGAGAAGGAAGAAAUGGAUUUGCAAACCGGUUCGACAACAAGAUCAAAAAAGCAAUCAGAUCAAUUCCUGAGGCUCAUAUGUUCGUCAAAAACUGCGAGACGGCCUGGCCAGAGGAUGAGGAUGCUGAAGCUGAUGCUCCUUUCAACGAGGAUUCGGCCACAACUUGCCAAUUUGGCCGAAAAGUCGCGCGAUCCUACCUUCGCUGGGUUUCAAACAACCUCUGCCUCGACGAUGUUCCAAAUGCAACUCGAAAAGCGAAAACUAUCGAGCGAAAAUUCGACAAUGUCAUCAAUCUCAUGUGGAAGGACAUUUACUGCGCUGAUGAGGAGCCCUGA